UUGUGUUGGAAGGCUGUCGUCGCAUAGCGAUGAGGCUGGGUUGCACGAGCACGGUGGUACGCAGGUCGUACCGUGCCGUGCAUGCUGUCAUCCGGGGUACGUGUAUGGGUUGAGCCCUGUUAUGGAAGCAUGAGACUUCGGCUGCGACUCGGCGAGGCUGACUCCUGCAAGGUUGGCAUUGAUCUCAUCGCCUCCAUUACGGUGGCAUUGCGCGAAAGUAGAUUCGGAGCCCGGUUGGGCGUAAUCGUCAUCUGUGUUGUCGGUUCUUCAUUUGUUUGCGCUCGCAAAACGAACAUCUGAAACUUCUUCGCGCUACUGUAGCGUCUUUUAGCCUCGCGAGCUCCGACGCGUCCAAGGGCGCACCGACGCGUGCACAUCAUUACGUCACCUUGGCCACCACGGAAUCAACAAAUUCGGCUGCGCAAGCGCGAGGCUGGAUCAUGUGGUCUAGCUUCCUUUCCCGGGCGCGUCCUACCCCUGAGAGAACACCCGCACCUGCAGUACAGUGCACGGUCGACACAUCGGAAGAUAUAGCUGUAUCUGUGGAAGACAGACAUAUCGAUAUUUCGGAGUUGCAGCCGACGAUUGUUCUGGACGAUAGUGGUGACGCCACACUAUUGGUCGGUACGGAUUCAGCUGCUCUUCAGCCGGUCCAGGUGUCUUCGACGGCUAUGACCCUGGCCAGCCCGGUAUGGAAAGACAUGUUCGAAAGACACCGGAAAGCAAACGGAGCUAUUGAGGUACCUCUACGGGAUGAUGAAGUAGAUGCAUUGUACAUUGCACUUCGGAUAGCUCAUCUGCGCUUUCAUGAAAUACCUCGGAAGGAUGGGCUUACUAUCGACGCCCUGCUUGAACUCGCAGUCGUGUGCGCCAGAUACGAUAUUGUAAAGCUAGUUCGGCCAUUCUUGGACCUUUACGGCUGGGCCCAAUGCCAUUAUCCUGACACGGACGCUGGAGAGCGAUGCGACCCUGCCUGGUUCUACGUUGCUUGGACCUUUGGGUACAAAGACAGCUUCCAACGUCUUACCCGGUUCAUAGUGAAGAAGAUUGGACUAGAUGAGGACGGGAAUGCCAUUAUGGACGAUGGCCAGAAACUUCCGAAGUAUAUGCCGCCAGGACUUCUUGCACGCAUGAUGGAAAUCCGGGAAACAACGAUUUCGGCCAUGCUGGAUAUCUUGUAUGAUAUCUUGGACGAUAUCAUACAUGUUUUUGUUUGUCAAGUCGACGAAUCAUGGGAGCCCAAGUGCCGAGCCACGGUUUUGGGUUCUUUCAUCUCUUUUCUCCUGGAGAACGAUCUCUAUCCAGCACGGCGCACGGCUUCUGAAACCCCCUUCAGCAUCCAGAAGCUCUACGAUCUGGCUUCUUCUGCUCAAAUUUUGACACUCGAAUCACAUGACUAUAGGGAAAUGGCAAUGUGUGUUCGAAGAUCCAGUUGGGAUCCAGCAAGCGUCACAGCUGAUACCUUUAAGAACCAUGGCGGACUGACUUUGCACAAGAAGUGUUUUGGAGCUUUCCACCUGCGGUCCAAGCUGAAGACUAUCUAUUCCGAUAUAGGUUCAGCUGUCCUCCAAUCCCAUAUCGAGCACAUGGAUAGACAGGCUCUGAAAUGAAUUCUUUAGCUACUUCUAGUCGAAGGGAGAGUUUAAAGAUGCAAUACUUUGAGCAAGCAUGUUCCGACCACUUUCGAGCCUCAAGGGUCAGCCAGCAACACCGCUAUUUCCUGAAUCACUGUUGGGAGUUACCCUUCGUGGUGAGGUCGAGCAAUGGAUGGUUUUCGUGGGAUCACGUCGCUACAGCACGAUGACGAGGCUCGGCUCGCGCUACCGCACGCAACAACAACACCCCGCUCGCAACGAGACUUGGUA